AUGCUAAAACUCCAUAAUUCAAGAAAUUUCUCUUUUGCACGUUUCUUAGUUGGCUUGCUGAAGUAUAAACCAGGUAAGUAUACGGAAUUAUCAUAGUUUGUGUAACUUUUACUUGAAACACUUUGUUUGUUACAGUCGUUAUCCUGCAAAACAAUGCCAAACGCACUGACACGUGAAAAACAAAAAACCAACCUUUGUUCUUUGCUUUGUAUCACGAUCUCAGGUGAAAGACUUACACCUUAUCAAGCUGCUGCGCAUCCAUUUUUGGCGCCAGAGUGUUCCUUUGCAAAUUUAUUGCCUCAACAAGGAGAUAAGAAAACAGGUUUGUUCUUGCCUUCCAUUGAACUGCAUAAAUGCAAAUUGGCCCUAUGCCGUCGCCAUGAAACGAACUUCUGACAAAGAAAUUUACCUUUCACAUAGGAAUCACCUUUUUUACAGUUUCUCAGACUUCGUCGUUUAUGUAGUGACGACUCUGAUUUUUCUGAAAAAUCAGAGGCAACGUGCUAGUUUUUCAAUAAACGUGGUUAUCUUGUUUCUGUCGUUCAAGCGGGCCACCGCCGUGCCCAACAAAUUGAUCGACAUUCAGCACUACAAACGGUUCAGAAAGAAGAUGCCGAUCGCAUUCCAUUCACUCUCACAUUUCACCCUCACAACCACGCAGUUGAAUCUAUCAUUCUUAAAAACUUUCAAUUACUUCAAAACGAUUCAGAGACUGGUACGAUCUUUUCGCAACCUCCACUAAUUUCAUUCAAACGUGACAGAAACAUAGGCAACUUUUUGAUCAGAAGUUCAUUUCAAACCAGUGACUAACCUGGAACUUUUAAAUGCGCUCGCUCACGAUGCAAAACUUGAAUGAAGCAAGACUUGUUUUCAUCCGAAAUCUCCCUGGAAGGUGUAGGGCAGUUAAUUUCAAGUUUGAUUAAGGUAUUGGGAAACCUUUAUCAAUCAAAAUAUAAUAAAAUACCUCUGUUACGUUAUUUCCAGAUGCUGGAAGCUGCGCAGACAUUUCGUUUCCCACUGAGUAUAACUUCAAACCAUACGUUGACGAGGAAGUUAAAAGGCAACAUUUUUCUGGAACUGAACUCUUAAAGAAGGAACUACUGUAACUGCUUCUUCACCAAAACACUUUCAGAGCAAACAGGAGAAUGCAACAUCUCUGAGGGCUGGAAAUUUACAUUCUCAAAGAGAAAAGGUGACAAUUAAUGAGAAAUCUCGUCAGGAAGACCAGUUGCUUCAAGAAAAUUUCAGUUAUGCCAUGGAAGGUCCUCUUGCCACAGGAUACCCUAAAUCAACUCACCAACAGAACGAGACGUGUGCCGUUUUUAAAGGAAAUACAUGCACUGAUGAUAUUGAAGAAGAACGUAAACAAGUCUCGGACAGGCUCAUGUCUACUCUCCUGACUCCGACAAAUCUUUCUUUGGGAAAAAUUUCAGAAAAAAAAGAAAAGUGUAAUGAGAAGGAUUAUUUGCCAGCAGGAACUAAUAUUACUUGUCCUAAUAAUGAGUUCGAAAGACCUUCGGCGAGAUUCGUGUACAACAAAAGCUCCUGUUUUAAGCGCAAAAGUGAUGUCUUUAAAGACACUCAUGUAGAAGACGGAAGCCUCCAAAAGUCUCACGAACUUUCUUUAUUUGGGGUUAAGAACUUUGGAAGCACAAACUUACUUGAGCAUCACAACAGAUUUAAUAUUGCUGGAAAACUAGGAUUUGAUGUGGGCAACUCUUCCUCAGGUGGAGAAACAAAUGCUGCCGCAAGAACUCGUGUCUAUCAUAGGGAAACAAAAUCUACCAAAGUAGAGAUUGGGUAUACUAAACAUGACGGUGUCGCUGCAGUCCAAAUGGAGGUACUUGUAAAUGAAUCUCCUUGUUGGGCGGCAAAAGCAACUGUAACAGAUGUGAAUCUUCAAGCGAAGUUUAGAGUGGGAAAGGUUCGUGACGCAUAUUCGCAUUUUGUGGGUGCUUUUUUCUAAAUGCACGUGCGUUUAUUUGGAAGCGAUUUCCGGUUAAUGUCCAUACUCCUUAAUUUAGUAGUUGAUCGCCUUUUUCAUGUUCAAUCAAUGACAUGUAGCUAGGUUGUGGAGACUAGUCAAUCAGUUAGGCAGGCAGGAAGGCAGUUGAUCUACAUUUUCAUGUAUCAACCAAUCACAUGGAGCUUGUUUGUGGAGACCAGUUAGUCAGUAGUUCAGUCAGUCAGGCAAACAGGCAGGCACGCAGCUGGCCAGGCAGUAAAUUUUUGGGCUUGACAGUCUGGCAAGCAGUCAACUGGUUAGCCAGUUGUUCAGUGCUUCACUCACGCAGGUAUGUGUGAGUUUGAUGGUCAGACAGACAAUGUGUCAGCUAUUCACUCAGUCAGUCAAUAAAUUAGUUUUUCAUUUAAUCAGCCUGAAAGGCAGGCAUCCAGCAUACAAAUCAAUCAAUCAGUCAGUAAAUCAUCCAGCUACAUCCAGGCACGCCUCCACCAGCGAAAAGAAAAAUCACCAAGAUGCUGGAAUAUUGAUCAAUCAUAACUUAACAAUCAGUUAGUCAGCGAGUGAGUCGGUCGGUCUCCUGGUCAUUCAGUCAGUCAAUGACUCAAUCAGGCUGGCAGUCGGUCAGGUGGUCUUUAAUUCAUUCAGUUUGUCAAUCAGCUUGUCAGCAAGUUGUCUUAAUCUCUUGGUUUUACCAAACAGGAAUCAGAAGAACAAGCAAAGCAGGACUCUGGAAAAGCCGCAUUCUCUGGAGCAUAUCAGAAUGAUG